CGUCCGAUUAAGCUUGUCAUGCAGCUCUUAUUCAUAGUCUUCCUGCUUCUUUUAACCCAACCCACCAACUCGGCCGAUGUACUUGACUGGCUCGGAAACAGCAUCAAGCAAGCAAAGAAAAUCGCAACAGUUGUGUUGAGAGGAACAAAAGAUGGGUUUAAGAAAGUAGGAGCUACCGUCUCCAACUUGACGAAUGUUGUAAGUCACUUCAACGAAGGUUACUGGAGGAAAUUUCUUGGAAAUGGAACAUCAGCCUGGAAAUGUGGCAGCUAUAAAAUGUGGCCUACGAAAGUUAUAGCGAAAAUCUUGGCUCAAGCGAUGUGCCCGGAUGUAAUAGACGAUCUCAAUGAAGCCUGCAAAAUACACGACGAUUGCUACGAUGCGAGAAAGAAAUCACGCAAAGUUUGCGAUGAAGAAUUUUGUCAAGCUUUGCGCAGUGCAAAAGAAUACCUGACACCUCUGCAACGGCUUCGAUGUCAAUCCCCUGAGAUAUUCUGUCGAGCAGUUAUGCACGCUGCUCAUUGGAUUGGAUACAAAGAUUGGAACCAAACGAAGCCACUACAGAAUGAUACAAGACGAUAA